UCUCAAAAGUCAAAACUGUCCUAACUACCAAAUGUCCUCCUCCUUCUCCGCCCACCUCCUCUCCAAACCUCUACACACAUUUUCUUCCCUCCAAAUCCAACAACCCACAUCUCCCAAAAGGACCACUCCACCCCCCAACUCCUCUCUUCUCAACCACCCCAUCACCACCGCCACCACCUCCCCACCACCCAAACCCAUCUCCCAUUCCCGCUCAUGGGUCGACACCAUUCGCUCCCGAACCCGGUCCGGUCACUACAAAGAAGCCAUCUCAACCUACAUCGAAAUGACCCGUUCCGGUAUCGAACCCGACAACUUUGCCUUCCCGGCGGUCCUCAAGGCCGUCACGGCCCUUCAAGACUUGAACUUGGGGAAGCAGACACACGCCCAUGUUGUCAAAUUUGGAUACGAGUCAUCUUCUGUCACCGUGGCGAAUACUCUUGUCAAUGUGUAUGGGAAAUGUGGCGAUAUUGGGGAUGCGUAUAAGGUGUUUGAUGGAAUGACUGAGAGGGAUCAAGUUUCUUGGAAUUCCAUGAUUGCUGCUUUGUGUAGGUUUGAGGAAUGGGAGCUGGCUUUGGAAGCGUUUCGGUCGAUGUUUUCGGAUAAUGUGGAGCCUAGCUCGUUUACUUUGGUGAGUGCUGCACUUGCUUGUUCGAAUUUGGAUAGGCGUGAUGGCUUGAGGCUUGGGAAGCAAGUUCAUGCGUAUAGUAUGAGAAUGUGUGAGUCGAAAACGUUUACUGUCAAUGCUUUGAUGUCUAUGUAUGCUAAGUUGGGGAUGGUGGGAUACUCGAGAGGUGUGUUUGAGUUGUUUGAGGAGUGUGACUUGGUUUCGUGGAACACCAUGAUAAGUUCACUGUCUCAGAAUGACCGGUUUGUGGAGGCAUUAGAGUUCUUCCGGUUGAUGAUUCUCGAGGGAAUCAGACCAGAUGGGGUGACGGUUGCGAGUGUUCUUCCUGCAUGUUCUCAUUUGGAGAUGUUGGAGGCAGGGAAGGAAAUUCAUGCUUAUGCAUUGAGAGCCAAUGAGUUAACUGGGAAUUCUUAUGUGGGCAGUGCUUUAGUUGACAUGUAUUGCAACUGCCGGCAAGUUGAGAGUGGUCGUCGAGUUUUUGAUGCUGUCAUGGAGCGGAGAGUUCCACUUUGGAAUGCAAUGAUUACUGGUUAUGCACAAAAUGAGUAUGAUGAGGAGGCCUUGGACCUGUUCCUUGAAAUGUAUGCUGUGUUGGGGCAUAAUCCAAAUGCCACCACAAUGUCAAGUAUUGUGCCAGCAUGUGUGCGGUCUGCAGCAUUCUCGGGGAAAGAAAGUAUCCAUGGUUUUGUAAUAAAGCGGAGUCUGGAGAAGAACAGGUACGUGCAAAAUGCACUUAUGGACAUGUACUCGAGGAUGGGAAGAACAGAAAUUUCAGAAACUAUAUUUAACAGCAUGGAAGGAAAAGACAUUGUAUCAUGGAACACCAUGAUCACUGGUUAUGUUAUUUCUGGACGCCAUGAUGCAGCACUUAAUCUACUAUAUGAAAUGCAAAGAGUAGAAGAAAACAAAAACACCGAUGGUACUGGCUAUGAUAAUGAAAGAAGGGUUCCUCUUAAGCCGAAUACUAUAACACUCAUGACUCUUCUUCCAAGUUGUGCUGUAUUAUCAGCACUCGCUAAAGGGAAAGAGAUCCAUGCUUAUGCUACUAGACAUUUGUUGGCAUUAGAUAUUGCUGUAGGUAGUGCACUGGUUGACAUGUACGCUAAAUGUGGCUGCUUAGAUUUAUCUAGAGCCAUGUUUAAUCAGAUGCCGUUGAAGAAUGUGAUCACCUGGAAUGUGCUUAUCAUGGCUUAUGGUAUGCAUGGAAGAGGAGAGGAAGCCUUAGAACUCUUUAGGAAUAUGGUGGAUGAAGGAAGAUGGAAUAAAGAGAUAAGGCCUAAUGAAGUUACAUUCAUUGCAAUUUUUGCAGCUUGUAGUCAUUCUGGGAUGGUAGAUGAAGGUCUGAACUUGUUCCACACAAUGAAACAAGACCACGGCAUUGAACCUGCACCAGACCAUUAUGCUUGUGUUGUGGAUUUGCUUGGUCGGGCUGGUAGUGUGGAGCGAGCAUAUGAAAUCAUCAAAACCAUGCCUUCUGAGUUUGAUAAAGCAGGUGCCUGCAGUAGCUUGCUUGGUGCUUGUCGACUCCACCGGAAUGUAGAGAUUGGAGAAAUUGCAGCUAAUCAUCUCCUGCAGCUGGAGCCUGAUGUGGCUAGUCACUAUGUUCUACUCUCUAAUAUCUACUCAUCUUCUGGACUUUGGGAAAAGGCCAUGGAUCUCCGGAGAAAAAUGAAGGAAAUGGGAGUGAGAAAAGAGCCUGGUUGUAGUUGGAUCGAGUUUGAAGAUGAGGUUCAUAAGUUUUUGGCUGGGGAUCUGUCGCACCCACAAAGUGAGCAGCUCCAUGAAUAUCUCGAAACCCUGUCAGAAAGGAUGAAAAAGGAGGGUUAUGUGCCUGAUACUUCUUGUGUACUUCACAAUGUUGAUGAGGACGAGAAGGAAACUUUACUCUGUGGGCACAGCGAGAAACUGGCAAUGGCUUUCGGCCUCCUCAAUACCCGUCCAGGGACUACCAUUAGAGUUGCCAAGAACCUUAGAGUCUGUAAUGACUGCCACCUUGCAGCGAAAUAUAUCUCAAAGAUGCUGGACAGGGAGAUCAUUUUAAGAGAUGUAAGAAGGUUCCACCAUUUUAGAAAUGGAAAUUGUUCAUGUGGAGAUUAUUGGUAAAAG